GAUACAAACAAAUCCCACGCCGGCCGGACGCCGCCCGCGCUAAUAGCCCUCCCUCCGCCAGUCCGUCGUCCGGAGCGCAAGCCUAACCAAAACCUCCCUUUUCCCCUCCGUUCCACUCCACCCCCACCCCCACCCGAACCCCACCUGCCCCGGUCUCGCGCGAUCCGCCGAUCCGGUUUCCGCGUCGCCAGCGCCCCCGUCCCGACCCCCCCGCCGUUGUUUCGUCGCCUUGUUGCCGUGUCGGUGCGGCGUUGCCUGGCUGGCGCGAGGGGGAGACGCGCGGAGGUCUCCCAUGAGGCGGCGACCGGUGCUACCGUCCCACCACGACGACACGGACAAGGGCGGCGGGAAGCCGGCGCCGGCGCGCCUCUGUUUCCUCGCCACGCUCUGCGCCAUGUUCUGGGUCCUCAUCUUCUACUUCCACUUCGCCGUCCUCUCCGACGAGCCCGCCGCCGAGGCCCGCAUUGCGCGCGCCCACACCCGCGUUCCCGAACAGGACGGCGCCGGCGCCGGCGCGUCCCGCGUCGACCUUCCCCGCGCAGAGGAGCCGGAGGACGAGCGCGCCGCCGGAGUCCGCCGGGAGGUGGCGCCGGCGUCGUACCCGUUCGAGCGGGCGCUCAGGACGGCGGAGAACAAGAGCGACCCCUGCGGCGGCCGGUACAUCUACGUGCACCACCUGCCGCCGCGGUUCAACGAGGACAUGCUCCGGGAGUGCGAGAAGCUCAGCGUCUGGACCAACAUGUGCAGGUUCAUCACCAACGACGGCCUCGGCCCGCCGCUGGGCAACGACGAGGGCGUGUUCUCCGAAACCGGAUGGUACGGCACCAACCAGUUCUCCGUGGACGUCGUCUUCGGCAACAGGAUGAAGCAGUACGAGUGCCUGACCGAGGACUCGUCCGUUGCCGCGGCCGUGUUCGUGCCGUUCUAUGCCGGGUUUGACGUGGCGAGGUACCUCUGGGGCUAUAACAUCACGACGAGGGAUGCCGCGUCGCUUGAUUUGGUGGAGUGGCUGAUGAAGAAGCCCGAGUGGAGCGUGAUGGGUGGGCGGGACCAUUUCCUCGUCGCGGGGAGGAUCACUUGGGACUUCCGAAGGCUGACGGAGGAAGAGUCGGACUGGGGCAGCAAGCUGCUUUUCCUGCCGGCUGCAAGGAACAUGUCGAUGCUCGUGGUGGAGUCGAGCCCGUGGAACUCGAAUGAUUUUGGGAUACCAUAUCCUACGUACUUCCACCCAGGCAAGGACGCCGAAGUUUUCCUUUGGCAGGAUAGAAUGAGGAGCCUGGAACGCCCGUGGCUCUUCUCGUUCGCAGGCGCUCCACGUCCUGGCGAUCCCAUGUCCAUCAGAGGGCAGCUCAUAGAUCAGUGCAGGGUCUCGAGCGUUUGUAAGUUGUUGGAGUGUGACCUUGGGGAGAGCAAGUGCCACUCCCCGAGCACGGUCAUGAAGAUGUUCCAGAGUUCUUUGUUCUGCCUGCAGCCCCAGGGCGACUCCUACACGAGAAGAUCUGCCUUCGACUCCAUGUUGGCUGGCUGCAUACCUGUUUUCUUCCAUCCCGGUUCAGCGUACGUCCAGUAUACAUGGCAUCUUCCAAAGAACUAUACAAGGUACUCUCUGUUCAUCCCUGAAGAUGACAUCCGAUCUAGAAAUGCCAGCAUUGAGGAGAGGCUGAAGAGUGUCCACCCAGAUGUGGUCAAGCAAAUGAGAGAAGAUGUCAUCAACCUAAUACCAAAGGUGAUAUACGCUGAUCCAAGAUCGAAACUAGAGACCUUGAAAGAUGCAUUCGAUGUUUCCAUAGAGGCGAUCAUCAACAAAGUGACAAAGCUGAGAAGAGAUAUCAUCGCAGGACAGGAAGACAAAGGUUUUGUUGAGGAGAAUAGCUGGAAGUAUAGUCUGUUAGAAGACGGACAGCGGACAAUUGGACCUCACGAGUGGGAUCCAUUCUUCUCAAAACCCAAAGAUAAAGGUGGAGAUUCUGGCGGUCCAUCUGCUGAAGCUGCCAAGAAUUCUUGGAAAAGUGAACAAAGAGGACAUAAUUGAACCAUGAGCUUGCCAUCUUUGAGAUGAGACCAAGGGAGUAGAGUUAGCCAUGCUCUCUGGAAGAUGCUCUGAUGCAUGUACUUUGCAGUUUGCACAUAGGAGAAGAUCAAAUAGCUAUGGUGAUCAUGAACAUCAUUAAUGGUCUAUGUCACCCCUACAGACUACAGUAGUACGAAGCCACUCCACCAAAAACGCUUUUUUGGGGAAAUUUGGAACACAGCCUUUACUCACCCCCUAUAAAUACCAUUUUUUUCACACUGAUUUUGCUGUUUUUGCUUAAUAAUCCUUUGUAAACCAUUACAGGAUUUAGAGGUGUAUCAAUUUUUGUUCUUGUAUUACUUUGUUUGUUUUGCUCUGUUCAAACUUAAGAGCUAUAUGUUUUAGAAUUUGUGGAUAUUACUAACAAUUUGUUCA